CUCCGGAGCCACUGCAGCUGCUCCGGCUGCGGGCCGCCGGCCCCGCGCUUGCCGACCUCGCUUCUGCCCCGUCUUACCUCACGCAUCCUUCCAAUUCUUCUUUCCUCCCCCCUUUUCGUUGACCCCCUCUUUUCCUGCUGUCGCCUCGAGUGCUCCCCCAGCAAAGCGGAGAUUACACAGUGGUCGGGAUGCCCCAACUCUCCGGGGCGGGCGGCGGCGGCGGGGGCGACCCGGAACUCUGCGCCACGGACGAGAUGAUUCCCUUCAAGGACGAGGGCGAUCCCCAGAAGGAGAAGAUCUUCGCCGAGAUCAGUCACCCCGAAGAGGAAGGCGACUUAGCCGACAUCAAGUCUUCCUUGGUUAACGAGUCCGAAAUCAUCCCGGCCAGCAACGGACACGAGGUGGCCAGACAAGCACAAACCUCUCAGGAGUCCUACCAUGACAAGGCCAGAGAACACCCUGAUGAUGGGAAGCAUCCAGAUGGAGGCCUUUACAACAAGGGACCCUCCUACUCGAGUUAUUCUGGGUACAUAAUGAUGCCGAAUAUGAAUAAUGACCCAUACAUGUCAAAUGGAUCUCUUUCUCCACCCAUUCCAAGAACAUCAAAUAAAGUGCCCGUGGUGCAGCCAUCCCAUGCGGUUCAUCCUCUCACCCCCCUCAUCACUUACAGCGACGAGCACUUUUCUCCAGGAUCACACCCGUCACACAUCCCAUCAGAUGUCAAUUCCAAACAAGGCAUGUCCAGACAUCCUCCCGCUCCUGAGAUCCCCACCUUCUACCCGCUGUCUCCGGGUGGUGUUGGACAGAUUACCCCACCUCUGGGCUGGUUUUCCCAUCACAUGAUUCCUGGUCCCCCUGGUCCCCACACCACUGGCAUCCCUCACCCCGCUAUCGUGACACCUCAGGUCAAACAGGAGCACCCCCACACUGACGGCGACCUGAUGCAUGUGAAGCCUCAGCAUGAACAGAGAAAGGAGCAGGAGCCAAAAAGACCUCACAUUAAGAAGCCUCUGAAUGCUUUUAUGUUAUACAUGAAAGAAAUGAGAGCCAAUGUCGUGGCUGAGUGUACCUUGAAAGAAAGUGCAGCUAUCAACCAGAUUCUAGGCAGAAGGUGGCAUGCCCUCUCCCGUGAAGAGCAGGCUAAAUAUUAUGAAUUAGCGCGGAAGGAAAGACAGCUACAUAUGCAGCUUUAUCCAGGCUGGUCUGCAAGAGACAAUUAUGGUAAGAAGAAGAAGAGGAAGAGAGAGAAACUACAGGAAUCGACAUCAGGUACAGGUCCAAGAAUGACAGCUGCCUACAUCUGAAACAUGGUGGAAAACGAAGCUCAUUCCCAACAUGCAAAGCCAAGGCAGCGGCCCCGGGACCUCUUCUGGAGAUGGAAGCUUGUUGAAACCCAGACUGUCUCCACGGCUUGCCCAGUCGACCCCAAAUGAGAACCGACACCAACUUCACUCUGAGGUCACUGUUAGAGACACUGAUCCAUAGAGACAAUCACUGCCAAACCCCCGUUCAUCUGCUGCGAGAGCCAAGUUCCAAAAUAAAGCGUUAAAGGUUUUUUAAAGAAAAUUGAAAAGCACAUGAGUCUGCUAGCAGGCCCUGGGCCCGCUGGGCAGCGCGCCUCCCUCACGUCCCGCGCCCUUCCCCAGCAUCUCACAUCCAUGCCCGUCUCCUUCCAGCCAGGGCGGUCGCUUGGCUGCUGGGCUGCCACCAGCCACUGGGGCCGGCAGCCAGCCUGCCCUCCCGCGUCCCAGUGGGGGCCUUGUGGAAGAGUCCCCUCUUUGUCUCCGUCUUCGCUUUUCUUCCUCUUCCUUUCUCCCAAAGCUUUUAUUUAACAGUGCAAAAGGAUCAAUCUUAACGUUUGCUUUUUUAAACUUGAAUUUUUUUUUUAAUUUACACUUUUUAGUUUUAAUUUUCUUGUAUAUUUUGCUAGCUAUGAGCUUUUAAGUAAAAUUCAAAGAUCUGGAAAAGUUUAAAAUAAAAAUGAAAUGGAAAGAAGCCACCUUUGUUUUGAGCAGCAUCUUGUCCAGUAAGUGGCUUCUCUGUGAAUGACUUGUAACAAAUAGUGGCCUCUCUGUCUCCGAAGGUGUUCGACAGAGCUGAAUAAACGUAACAGCCGGAUCCACUCUGUCGGUAGCAGUGGGCAGUACUACGUAUUUCAUUUUAUUUUUCUUCUGAUCUCUUCUUCUUUUUUUUAAUGGUAAACCUUAACAGAUACUUUCAGUAGACCAGUUUGCAGUGAAUUUUCAUUUCUUCUCACCCCUUCUUGUAAAAAGCCCAGCACUUGAAUUGUUAUUACUUUAAAUGUUCUGUAUUUGUAUCUGUUUUUAUUAGCCAGUUAGUGGAAUUUUAUGCCACUUGUUAAAAUGACCAUUGAUGUACCCAUUUUUUUAAACAGCAAGGCACAGCCUUCGCCCCAGACUGUCAUCUAACGUUUGUCAUUCCAGUUUGAGUUAAUGUGCUGAGCAUUUUUUAAAAGAAGCUUUGUAAUAAAACAUUUUUUAAAGUGU